AUGGAUUUCUUCUCCAACCAGAACCAUGAUGAAAAAGGCAAGCCCACCCCUGAUCACCCCCAUAAUCCAAACCACCACCCAAAACCAUCAAAAUCUGACCUUUUGAACAGCGCCAAGGUGGUGGCUGAUGCCGCCAAAUCCCAUCUCCGCCAUGAAGAGAACAAGGUUGACAAUCACAAGGUCGCUGGUGCGGCGGCGGACCUCUUAAAUGCCGCCUCCGAAUAUGGGAAGCUAGAUGAUAACGAGGGCCUGGGGAAAUAUGUUGACAAGGCUGAAAAUUAUCUCUAUAAGUACCAUACUUCUCAUUCUUCCACCACAACCACCACCACUUAUCCACACCACUCAACGACGACCACCACCACCACUGAAACCACACAUACAUCAGGGCAUCCGGGUGGUGAUCAUGGCCAUUCUAAAGGAGGGUAUGGGGAGUAUAUUAAGAUGGCAGAAGAUCUGUUGAAGAAGCACUCUGGCGGCAGCGGUGGAGGCACCAACACCUCAACAGAUCAUAUGCAUUCAUCAGGACAUUCCGAAGGAGGUCAUGGAAAUUCAGGAAGUGGAUAUGGAGAAUAUAUGAAGAUGGCUGGAGAUUUCAUGAAGAAACAUUGA